AUGCCUCCGUCUUCAAGAAAUCAACGUGCAAAUAAAAAGGUACAAAGAACUCCUUAUGAAAGACAUGAAUCGGGUAAUCACCGUCCCUACUUUUCGGUUUUAAAGGCCACAUUCGCCUCCAUUUUACGACCAUUCACCUCGAGCUGGUCGAACAAUGCUGAAACCGAAACGUCUAAUAAUAAGAGAGCUUCAAGAAGUCUUUUGGAUCCUGAAUUGAAUCCCCAUUACUUGGGCCGAACUCCUCAUAUUGUACGCAUAAAUAACCGUAGCCACAUUCGCACACUUGACGGAAUUGAAGGAAGGUCGAAUGAAAGUGAUUUAUCUUCCAAGCAAAAUACCCAAGAUUCUGUAGAAAAUCAAUUCUCCUCUCGUAGAGGUAGUGUGCAGUUAGAUUUGCAGCCAUUGAAACAGCGUCAAUUCGCUUCUGAACGUCGGCUGCAGCCACCACCGUUAACUUCUUCUUCUGCUGCUUUGCUCGAUAUUUUGCGCUCUAUUCGAACAAAUACUGGUGUCGGGAACAGUCCUCGAGCAUUUGCUUCAUCUCAAUCAUCCACUGGUCAACGUAACGAAAAUAAUGUGCCCUCACAGCGUAAUGGGCACCGUUCUUCUUCCAAGAGGGAUCGUCCGCAAAGUCCGGGUUCAGAAAUUACAAAGUUUGAUGCUACAAGAACUGAUGACAAAGUAGUUCCAAGCUAUUCUUCAGAUGAACAUACUUCAUCAGAUCAAAAGUUGCAUCAGCCUAAUGGUGCCAGUCGUACUGAACCAAAACCCAAGAGAACCAAGAGGGAAGAGCUGGAGACCAAAACUGUUACUUCAUCUCUUAAAGAAGUUAGGAAGGAAAAAUUACGUCAAGAGUUAAUUCCUCUUGUUUACGAGACUCUUGAACGCAUCGAUUUAAAAAAACAAAAGCAGGUAAAUGCCGAAGUCCAGACUGAAGAGCAACCCGGUAAUCUAAAUUCCGUAAAUAAACAGGAUUUCGUUUCUCAAUAUGAAUACUCAUUUCCUUCAGGAGGUAAUAAAAAACGCGUGAGAGCUGCUUUUUCCGCACUAGAUGAAGAUUUAGACGAACUUUUUGACAAAGAUGAAGAUAGCACUGUGUCUAAUACUACUUCUCGUUCUACAGCAAAGCACAAUGAAUCUCUAGUUUCUGGUCCUGAUAAAAAACCUCCUAAAAUUUUGCUUCCUCACUUAGGCCCUACUUUCGAACAACUACAAUCUUCAUUGUCACCAAAACGAACGCAACCUGGUACACAGGAGUCAGCAAUUGCUUUGCCAACUGAUAUCCCCAAUACCUCAGAGAAGGAAACUAAGACACCCAAGACAGCCGAUUCCACUACAGAAACUCCAUUUAAACCAGCAGAACCACAACCUAUAAAUACUCUCAAGAGCCUUGCAGCAUUACCCGAUAAGGAUGAUACCGUUAAACCUCCAGAGAGUUCGUCCGGUAAAAUACCAAAAUUUGAGUUUAAGCCCGUUACUAAAAAUACUGAAGUUGAAGAUAAAGAGGGUCAGAACAAAACUGCUGUAUUUUCUUUUGGUGAAUCGUCUGAUAAUGUCAACAAGACAUUUGGUCAAACCACCUUCACAACUGAAAAACCUUCAGCUCCUAAAAAGCCUUUUGCUUUCGGGCCGGUUGAGAAGGAUCCUACUAAAGAAACCGCUGAGGCUCCAAACCUUUCAUUCAAUUUCAAGCCUACUUCAACAAACAAAAACGAACAAGCCCCUGCUCCCUCGUUUAGUUUUGGCCAGAUAUCUGAAGAAAAGGAACCCAAAGAAAGUAAAAAGCCUUCAUUUAGUUUUGGUCUUCCUUCUCAGCAACAGCCGCCCAAGCCUACUACUCCGUCGUUUACGUUUGGUGAAACCGCUGACAAUAAGCCAUCAGACACUUCGUUUAAACCUCCAUUUAGCUUUGGCCAGUUGGCACCUAAUAAGAAGCUGGAUGAACAGAACGAUAAAGUUGCUGAUUCAACACGGACCGACAAAAAGGAUCCAAAUGUUCCCAAGUUGAGCUUCAGUUUCGGACAACAGUCUGAGAAGAAGGAGCCUUCUGACUCAAAACCAGCAUUUUCUUUUGGCCAAACUGCUACAGCAGCCACAUCGCAAUCUCCGUCUUCCGUAUUUAGUUUCGGCAAACCAAGUACAGAUCAAAAAAGUACUGGCAGUAUAAGUGGACCUUUCGCAAAUGCUGCACCUCCAAUGAAAACGGAAACCCCGAAGUUCACAUUUGGACAAACUACUGAACGAAACGAUGCCGGGUCAAAUAUUGCAGAAGAUAAAAGCGAGCAAACACCAAAACCGGCAUUUUCAUUUGGACAAAGUCUCAAGGAUGAAGAGAAGAACAAAAAGGCAAAACCUUCUUUCAGCUUCGGACAAUCUUUAUCCAAGGAUGAAAGCAAAGAAUCAACAGUUCCCUCUUCCGAUACUAAUGCUGCGAAACCUGCUUUUACUUUCGGUCAACCCACUGGCCUAGCAACGUCAGCUGCUACUAAGCCUGCAUUUAGUUUUGGAGGCCCUCAGAAAAAGGAUGAGGCUACUGGAAACGAACAGCCUUCUACUUCUAUAUUUUCGUUUUCCAAGCCCUCUGAAGUUGGUAUGAAGGAUAAUACUGAUCCUGUAAACAAGAGUUCUGCGGAAGUGAAGCCAACUACUUCCGUAUUUUCUUUUGGUUCUAAUACGACUUCAAAUGCGUUUAAUCCUGCAGAGAAGCCGACUCCUUUUUUUACUGGUAUAACCGGAAAUACUUCAAGCACUUUGACACCAAACAAGGAGAACAGGGGUCCUUUUGGUAAAACAGAACCUAAUGAGCAAGAGAAGGCUAAACCCUUUAAUAAUACUUCUACUGAAAAACCUUUCUUGUUUUCAAAAACAACGGAAUCUGAGAAACAGAAGGCUGCUCAACCAACUACCCCAUUCACGUUUGGUUCUACUGCUGAUCCUCCUGCUACUGCUUUUGGCUCAACCCCGUCUAACACGGCUAUCAACGGAAUUGCCCAAAAUUCCGCAUUCCCAAUUAAUAGCAGUAGUAGUGCACCAGGAUUUGGAACGCCGAGUACAGCUAAUACCCAACCACCGAAGACAAGCGACGCUUCUGCGCCGUCUGGUUUUGGAAGUGGUUUCUCGCAACCCGGCUCCCAACCUGCUGGGGGUUUUGGAUCGUCGGCAUUCGGAAAUAAUAGUUUACCCUUCUCUUCGAAGCCAAAAGCUGAUUCCGAUGGUUUGAAAAAUACAACCGCUUUCGGUAGCACGACCCAACCACCAUCAGCAGGCUUCACAUUUGGAGCUUCGGGUAACACGACUCCUUCCGCUUUUGGGGCAGCUAACCCUAGUGGAUUUAACACCAAUAUUGGUAGUACGGAGCCUUCUCUUAACUUUGGUACAUCGCAGCCCCCUAAUCCACCCAACGCAGGAUUCUCGUUCGGUGGAAGCGGUACACCUGCUUUCAGUGCUGGUUCAAGUGCUGCACAAUCUCCAGCCCCUCAACCUCAAGGCGGUAUACAGUUUAAUUUGGGAUCGACUAAUGAGCAACCAAACCCUCCUACUGGAAGGAAGAUUGCAGUUCCUCGAAGCAGAAGAAAACGCUAA